CCCCAUUGGAAGCAGCCCCAUAAAAGCAGCCCCAUCCCAAGCAGGAGGGAGCGCGGAGCAGCCAGCAGCCCUCCUGCAGCCCAGCAUGGCCAAGGCAGCCGGGGCCUUCUGUGUCCUCCUCCUCCUCCUCGUCGCGCUGUGCUGCCAGAGCCUGGCCCAGAGAGCCCCAGCUGUGCCCGAAAAGUGCUGCUUCAACUUCCAGACGAGACGAAUCAAGAGGGACAACGUCGUCUCCUGCUACGCCACCAGCCCCGAGUGCCCGCACCAGGCGGUGAUCUUCAAGGUGAAGAGCGGCAAGGAGAUCUGCGCCCAGGCGGGCAGGGCCUGGGUGAAGAGGUACCAGCAGAGCUUCCCAGUCAGCUCCUUCUCCAUCCCCAGCUAGCGCGGCCGUGGGAACCCCACGGGGCCCUCCGGGGUGACCCCGUCACAGAGGUGGCCAUGGGGACACGACAGGCAACGUGGCACAUCGAGGCUGUCCUUCCCAUCACAGCCCCAUGCCCAGCUCCAGGCUGAGCAGCAAUCACCUCUUUGGGUUUUUUCCAUGCCCGGAUCCACUGGGCUGUCCAAACGCUGAAGCUCUGCGUGCAGGCAGCUCCGUACCUCCUGUAUCUCUCGCUGUCCCCCACCCUGGGACCAAGGCAGGACGGGGUCUCAGGCAGGGGACAAAUGCUUUGCGGGUGGCAGCACCGGCGUGUCAGUGGCACGGCGCUCACCAGGCUUCCUGCAGCACAGGGGUUAAGACGGAAUAGUUUCACUCUUGUUUUUUUGUAUGGCACAGUGGCAGAAUUAAACUGAACUUAGUGCACACAAA